AUGCGUUGCCGUCGUCCAAAACCGAGGCGUCGCGCCGUACGUCUCUCCGCGUGUCCUAAUGGUGCAGGCACCGAGUACAACUCACCGAUGCCCACGUUGGACGCCUUCCCGGCGAAAGACCUCUCCUGGAUCCAGUUCAACUGCUGCAGAAGCCACCUACGCAUCCGAGACCUGUGCUUCUACUUGCAGAAGCCCCAAGACCCAUGCUACGUCAACCCAGACAACGAGCAACUCGGUUCUGUGCCCGACCCGACCCAGCCACUGCAUCCGACUUUCACAGCGCUACAGGAUCCGCCUCUGAACAUGAACCUACAGCUCCCGGGCUACUGGCUCGAGACCAAAGACGACUGGCCCCAGAUUGAUGGGAAGGAUUGCCCCGUCGUCGACGACGAGAACAGACCGGUUCACGUGUCGAGACGGGUCGCCUUCUAUGUCUCGAAGCGUAUACAUCGGGCAGAAUGGGAGGUUACGUGGGAGGAAGGCGUCAACAAGCAUUACGUCGCCUAUCUUCGGAUCGGCGACAUCCACUUCACCAACUUCUACAACCGCAUUCAAGGCCGCACCAUCGACUUUGACCAGCUCUUCGGCAAUCCCCUCGUCUGCAGUCCCAAGUCUGUCAUCAUAUGCGACGGGAACGCUCAUCAUGCGCAUUGGGGUGGCCGGGAGGUACGGCGCACACAAGCAGAUGCGAGAGCCAUACGCAACGCCACGGCCGACGCUGGUAUGUGUCACUUGGUGCGGGACGGCAAGACGCCUACAUACAAAUGCGGCAACAUCACCACCACCAUCGAUCUCGCAGUCGUGGGCGCCGAUCUGGAGCCCUUGGUGCGCACCUGUCUGGUACUGAGGCCGCGUGGCUUCGAAUCCGACCACGCCCUGAUACACGUCGUGUUGAAUCUCCCGGUCGAGCAAGACCCUCGCCAGUCGCUCAGAUGGGACAAAGUCACCAAGGAACAGUUCUGUGACGCCCUUUCGCCUCGUCUCCGCUCCUAUCUCGGCAACCCUGACGAGCUGGCGCCAGACCCCACCGUGGACACUGUGGGCCGCUUCCUCCCGCGCCUCUGCCGUGCUGUGAAGGAGACCAUGGACGACGUCGUGCCCAAGACCGACCCCAAUCCACUUCGUCAACCACCCAGGCCCAUACAACUGGAGCGCGCCCUAGCCAAGGAGACGAACCUCCGGCACAUAGUCCAGAGGCAGAGUCCUGGCACGGCUGUCCGCAAGAUAGCCUCCCAGCGUUGGCAAGAGGCAAUCUUGAACACCAACAAGGCGCUGCAGACUAUCAAGCGGUGCGCUUGGCGCCGCUUCACCGUCAACGCGGCCAAGACCACGACCGGUCUACAUGGCCUGAUUCGACAAGCCCGCGCGGCCAGCAAGCCUCGGCCGUCUGCUCACAUCCCCUUUCUUCAGAAGACAGGCGGCGGCAAGUCUACGUCCGACGUCGAGAGCGCCCUGGUCUUCCGCCACGCCCUCUUUGACAUCACGGGCGACAAGUCUUGCUCUACCUUGAGCUCGGCCCAGAUAAAUACGGUCAUCGACCGAUAUACACGUCCUUUGCCAGCCAAAUCGUCCGUCUCCGUUCCGUCUGCCAGCUCCGCACCGGACUCUGGCCCGGUCACCGGCUCGGAUUCCGGCAACAACUCUGGGUUACACUACGUCUCAGACUCUUCCAAUCCUCUCCCGCUAUCCAGCUCUGGCUCUGACUCCGGCUCACCCUCUUUCUCGGAUUCUCCCAGUCUCACCCCCGCACCAAGUCUCGGCUCAUCCAGUCACGGCCCACGUGCCUCCAACUCCUCAGCUGACGAACCCACGUCCGGUUCCGCGCUUUCCAACCCUUCAGCCAACGGCAAAGACAGGUCUGAGUCCAAAGCCAAGCGCAAGCAUAGAGGCCAAGGGUUCGAGGGGGUCUCGCAGACCCUUCCACUCCCCAACGGGCGCCGUGCUACUUCGAGAUGCACCGCCCCGGAUCCUCCUCGCCCACGGUCUGCACAAGGAUCAUCAGACCAGCCCUUGACCUUCGACCAGCUGGUGGAUGCUUCUGCCAAGAGGCUACGUCAGAAAUCCUCUGGGGGCUCCCGCAGACCGCGUCGCACCCGUGCCCAGAUGGCGGCCCUCAAGAGGCUGGUGGCUGAAGCGCCUCCGCAAGUGACCAGCUACACCAUCCGCAAAAUCGUCAGGAAAAUGCCCCGCCGCAAAUCCCCCGGCCCGGACGGCAUCACGACCGAAGCGCUCAAGAUGGGGCUAGACGUUCUGCUGCCGUACCUGGUGUACGUCUUCACGGCCUGCAUCAAGCUCGGCCACUUCCCGGACUGUUUCAAGGAGUCCCUCACUGUCAUGAUCCGGAAAGAGGGCAAGCCCCAUGACGACCUCCCCAAGAGCUACCGGCCUAUUGCUCUGCUCUCCUCUGUCGGCAAGAUCCUGGAGCGGUUGGUGGCCGACCAUCUGAAGGACCUCGCCCUACGAUACAAGCUCGUCCCUCCCACGCAGUUCGGCUUUGCCGGCAGGAACUGCACCAAGGCGGUCGAGCUCAUCGUCAACGGGGUGUACAAUGGCUGGUGCGGCAGGACCCCCAGCAAAAAGUGGAAGACCAGCCUACUGGGUCUCGACAUAUCCGGGGCUUACGACCACGUCAAGCAUCUCGAGCUGCUGCUGGUCCUCAUCGACAUGGGCUUGCCGCGUUGGCUUAUACAAUUCGUCUGGGCAUUCAUAUCCGCUCGCUGCACUUAUCUCGUGCUCCCGGGCUUCACCUCCCCCAAGUUCUGGGUUCACAUCGGCAUCCCCCAGGGAAGUCCUAUGUCUCCAAUCUUGUUCGCCCUGUUCACGGCCCCGAUGUUGGAAAUCUUGGAAGAGGAGGCCAAGAAAGCUGGCGCCAAGUUCAUCAUCCUCGGCCUCUCGUACGUCGACGACACCUACAUCAUGGUCUCCUCUGACGAUUGGGAAGAUAAUCGUAACAAGCUGGCCGACUUGCAUGAGAAGCUUUUGGACUGGGCCACCCCUCGCGGGCUUCGCUUCGAUCCCACCAAGUACAAUGUCAUGCAUUUCUCCAGAAGUAAUCGUGAAGAGGAGAAUUGCAUCUUGGUGCCCCCUAUCCCUGGCUUGAGCAGUGGCAGCUUGGUGCCCAAGCGGGAAAGGGUCAAGAAGGGGAAAGGGGAAGCGAGCGGUGGCACAGAGGGUUCCGAGGUGGCAAGGCAAGGGGGCCUCCGAAUCUUGGGCGUCAUCGUAGACCCCGAACUGCACUGGGAGCACCACAUCCAGCACGUGAGUGUUUUGGUUUCCUCCCUCCAAUUCUCUUCCUCUCGCGUAAUUUUGCUGACGUAG